AAUUUUUUCUUUUUCUGUUCUGAUUUUCUAGGGAGCGGACGGCUUUUUCUUUUGGCCAAAGCUCUGGCAUCUGCCACUGGAUAAAUAGAACAUACCAACAUUUCACUCCUUAAACAUGAACAUUCCAAUCUACCAAGUGCCCUCGGUGACCAUGCAGGCGAUGCACCAGCAGUCGAUGUACCAUCAAACCUAUUUGGAUCGCAAUCGCAUGGUCACCGAUGUCUUUGUGCAGGAACACGUCUCGCAGAGCUCUUGGACAGUGGGCACUCCAGGUCCAUCGGUGGUGUUUAUACCCGGCACUGCUAAUUGCCCCGUUGUGACGGCAAAUGCCCAUGUGCAACGUAACCAGACGGUUCAUCAUCAGCAUCCCCCAAAUGUGAAUCCCCCUCAAAUGGCCUAUAUGGCCUUGCCGGGAAUGCAGUACUAUGUAGCCAGCUCUGCUCGUGUCAACGCCUAUGGCCCGGGUCAUGUAUAUUCAGCUCGUGCUUCGUCUACUAGUGGCAACACGGCUGGAUACUCUUUGCCACAAUACUAUUCAAAUGGCAUUAAUGCUCCGCCGCCCCCAAAGCAAUUCUGUGCCACCCAAACUCAGACCCAAACGCCUAUUAAGCGUAGUUGUGAUGUAGCCACCCAAGUGGAUUUUACUCUCUCAUUAUCGAGCACAGAGAUAAGAAAGAGUUUUCAAGAUAGUUUUGGUGCCGAUGAAUCCAGUAUUAGUUCUUUGGACAGCGGUGCAGGCGAUGGGUUGCGAGUUCAGAACGUGUUGCGCAAUUCUGAUGUCGUACUGCUCGAUCAACGCCUUCAUGACAUUACUAGGAUCUCACUUCAGGGAAGCGAGAUAGCCGAACGUUUGGCAAAUGUCCAUCACAAUCGCCCUUGCUUCAAAAAGAUUGAUACCCUUUGUGCCCGCUUAAAGCAGGACCUCUUGCGUCCGGAUGGUGUGCUGCCCAACAUCAACUCCCAGGGAAUCGCUUGGGCUGUCAAGGAUUUCAUAUUCGUUUUUACUCGCAUUAUAAAUGCCUGGGUGAUACUAAAAGGUUAUGUAUAUAACACCCCCGAGGGUUUAAAUAAGAUUAAGGACGAGUUGCCAUUGGGUUUCAUGGCCACCUUCGACUCCUGGCAAGUUUCGACCUUGGCGCUUGUGCAGAUGAUCAUAAAGUCUUUUGUGAGUCUGGACGAGCUGCUGCAGAAGCAGAAGAACAGCUUUUCGGGAAAAGACGGCGCAAUGAUCAACUUGAAUAAUAGUAGUUCAUUGAGAGGUCUAAUAGAUAGCAACGAUAAUAGCAACACUCAAGGUCUAAGUUCCUAUAGCAUUCCCAUAAAUCAAAAUGCAAUGGCAAAGUCAUUCUCAGGAGGUCAAGAGCCGAAUUCUUCUGCUCUCUACAAACCAAAGUGUGCAUUAAAUCUUAACUAUCUGUACACCAUGAUUGAGGAUUCAGAGGAAACACAACGCCAUGUGAGUGCUAAUGGUACUUAUCUAAAAACUGGAACCUAUCAGCCUCUGCAAAAGGAGUCAAAACAACUGGAGAUGCCACCCUUGAAGCCAAAGGAUCCCCAUAUGGAGUCCCAGUGGCAAUGGAAUGUUCCACAGAAAGCGCCAGUUCAGGAGAUUCACGAAGCUCCUGCUACUAUUCCUACUUCUAUAGCUUACCAGGAGCCGGAUCAUCAAAGAGAUGUCAGGGCAUACACAAACCCAUUUAGCCUAAUCGGGAAAGAGGUUACUCGUCAACUGUACGAGUUCAGCGACCGCGUCAUGAAGUUGGACAACUUGGAGCGUUUUUUUAAAAAACAGUUCACACGCAACUACUUCCCAGAUUUCUUCGAACAAUGCCAUGACGAUUUCAUAGAUGUGCGCUCCAUUAUUCUGCAGUGCGAGAGUGCCUCAUACCAUCACCUCUACCAGGCGAUUCACGAUCUACGCCGGAUCGUAUUCGCGGUGCGCUGUUACCUGCAGAUGUACUCAGACGAGAAUCUCCAGUAUUACAUUGAUCUCUACGAAUGCUCUGUGAAUGAAAUGCUGUCAAAGCCACCUCAUAUGCCCAAUCAAUAUGAUCAUAUUUUGGGCAGACCGGGCGAGAAGCUUUUUAACUAUGAAAUCUAACUGAAAAGCUUUAGCUAUUACAUAAAGUUUGGCACUUUUAGUAUUUAAUCAUUUAACUAGACUCAAUUAAAAUAAUUUUAGCGAAGAAUUUAAUUGCGAAACCUAAGAGAAAAUCUAGCGGUUUACAGAAGUGCCUUAAACAUAAAUUGAAAAAAUCCUCAAAUUAAUGCUCCAAUAGAAAAUUUUGGGUUUGAUUCACUAAACCUUAAAAGUAGCUAAUAACUAAAUUUCAGAACUUUUAAGCAUUCCCAUUUUUUUUGGUAAGAACUAGUCAAUCAAAAACUUUUAUAUUUUACAAUAUAAUAUAAUUCUGUACACUUUGUACGGGUUUAAUUACUUUGUUAAAUUCACUACAAAAAUAGUUGGUCAAUCAAAUUCCUUUGUACAAUGAAAUAAAGCUAGAACAAGA